AAACUUUACGACGUUCUGCGUAAUGUAGGCGAUGGUAGGCGCGGAAAUCGAUCUUCUGAUUCAUAAAAGAGCCGAUCAACGAGUGGUUGAGGACGCGUUUUAUUUCGAUGUGAUUUUUGACCUUUUUUAAUAUACCCGAUAGUAUCUAGUCAAUAAAAAAAAACAAGAAAUGGCACUCUAUGACAAUCAAUACUGGCUCUUGUCGCACAUCAGGGAUAGUUUUCUCGCCAUGGACGACACAGGUAUGUGUGAAAUGGUAAUGCUUGGGGAAAAUAUUCCUAAACAGUUGAAGGCGAACGGAACACUGCAGUGUUAUCCUGGUAUGGAAGAGAGUGAUGAGGAGGAGGAUUUGGAUGCAUUAGCAGAAUCAUAUGACAUACAAAUGGAUAUGGAAUUCAGUCACAGACAGAGAUCUAACACUGCACAGAGAUUGGAGAAGAUGGACAUAGAAAGGAAGAAGGCAGCCAAGGUCAAGCAUGUCAAAUGGGAACAUAAUCCCAAUGCCAUUACACCCACAGACCAAUCGGAACUGUUUCAGAGAAAGGACUUUCGUAGAAAGACUCCGUUGAGGAAAGGACAUUCUCUCUUGUCGGAACAACUUGAAAAGUGUCCAAAUUUACCACAGAAUGCAUUCAAGGAUUAUGCAAAAUUCGAUGGCAACGCACAAGUAGGCAUUCCUGUAAGAAAAUACAGGAUAUUCAUGUGCAUGCUGCCAAAGGAGGAGAGGACGUAUCCGCUCCAGGUAGUGGUGACGGCAACGGCGAGGGUGUUAGACUUCAUCGGGUUGAUUUGCUACAAAUAUGCAAGUGAACAUCCCGAUCAUAAGUUGAAGGACCUGUCGCGUUACGGAUUAUACAUCACCGAGGACGAUGGCGAAGUAGACUGGGCAUUUCCCUGUCUAGAUCCACGUGAGACCAUCUCCAAGUUCGAGUUCACCACGCUGGGUCUGAUUGAGAUGAAGCCGAGCGACAGAGCGCGGCACAAUGCGGUUAGUUGCGUUGAGAAGAAGGCCGAGGAACAUCUGGAAGGCAAAGAUAAGGAACAGGAAGAGGUCGCAAAUGAUCUGGCUAAGAUGGAAGGUCACACCACCGCAAUGGAAGCACCGUUGUAUCAAUCGUACAGAGUAUAUAUAAUUAACAAAAUGCGAGCAAAGACUGAGAUUCAUUUAGGAAUAUCAGGCGAGAAGAUAGAGAUAGAUCCAGUGAUAACAGGUAAAGGUGCUGCCAGGUUCUGGAACAGACAGCGAGCAGUUAGUUAUCAUAUAGAUAAUAUCGCCUGGUGCGAAGUGACGGAAACUAAGGGAUCGAAAACUAUGUUCACACUGGUUUAUACUCCGCAAUCCAGCGUUCCAGACAAUUUUCUGAGUCAAAGCCAUUCGCUUCAUCAAUCAGCAUCGUUUAAGAAUCAUGAUUUUGAAGCGGACUCUGUAACAGCCGAGGAGAUUGUACGGAAAAUUAAUCACAUUCUAGAGCUGCACAGCAGCCAGUCUAGGAAGGAGUAUCUCGCACAGAAAGAAAGGAAGGCAGCGAGGAGAAAGAGUUUUCAUCUAUAUAGAUGACAGCUCUAUUGGUUAUUCUAUACAAUCUUAGAUUAUCUGAAGCAUUGAACAUUAAUGUACGACAGAACGCAAUUGUGAAAGUUGCACUAGGAUCAGAAAUAUCCUUGUAUAAUCGUAUUGAU